GCGUUUCCUCUCCUGCCCGUGGUUCAACGUGGGGUUUCUCUGUCUGCCACCAAACGCACUGAGUUCUCUGCUGCUGUCUGUGCAGCUCUUCCUCCACAGCUGCAAUGGGUUCUGCGCUUUCUCUGUCUGCUGACAGCGCUGCCUCCAGGUGGAGGAGGAAGGCUGACGAGGAUGAUGAUGGUGAUGAUGAUUUACUCGACAGCCGAGACCGCAAUGAGGACAUUGCCAAAUUUCCAUACGUUGAAUUCACAGGUCAGGACAGCAUCACCUGCCCCACUUGCCAAGGCACUGGCUGCAUUCCCACAGAGCAGGUAAAUGAGUUGGUGGCUUUGAUACCCUACAGCGACCAGAGGCUCCGUCCACAGAGGACGAAGCUCUAUGUCCUCCUGUCGGUGCUGCUCUGCCUUCUGAUCUCAGGGCUGGUCGUUUUCUUCCUCUUUCCGCACUCUGUCCUGGUGGAUGAUGGCGGCAUUAAGGUGGUUCAGGUCUGGUUCGACAGGAAGAACUCCGUUGUCCUUCUUGCCAUCACGGCCACUUUGCAGAUCAGGAACUCCAACUUCUACUCAGUGACAGUGGACAGUCUGACCAGUCAGGUGCAGUACAUGAACACUGUGGUGGGCAGCCAGCAGAUCACCAACAUCUCCAGCAUCCAGCCACUAACUGACAAGCUGGUGAAUUUCACGGUGAAGGCGGAGAUGGGAGGACCUUUCUCCUAUGUGUAUUUCUUCUGCACGUUUCCCAAGGUGAAGGUGCAUAAUAUCGUCAUCUUCAUGAGGACGUCGGUGAAGCUCUCCUACAUGGGCCGCAGGACGCAGAGCUCGGUGGAAACGUAUCACUACAUCGACUGCAGCACCAACUCCACGGCUGACCCGGCCCCCUCUGGGCACAGCGUGGCUCUGAGCAGAGCCUGA